UUUGUAGCGUCUAUUACAGCACUCGAUAUACAGUCAUCAGAUAUACGAUGGAAUACAAUUAACAAAAUUGACCGUCAAGCUAAAGAGCUCUCAUAUUUAUCAUUAUUAUCUAUUGUUGCUAGUCAAAAAAUUCAUAAUUCUCUUCCUAAAUCAAAUCAAAAAUUGCUUGGGUUAGCAUCUACAAAUCUUGAAAACACAGUGCUGAGCAGUUUAUGUCCAGUAAAUUUUAUCAAAGAAUGUCCACCAGUCACAUACAGAACAUAUUCUGGACACUGCAACAAUGUCAAUAAUCCAUUGUGGGGAGUAUCACGGCAACCAAUGCAACGCUUACUACCCUCAGCAUAUGCAGAUGAAAUUACUCAACCUCGUAUUGCAACUGAUGGUUCAUCACUUCCAAAUGCUCGAACCAUAUCCCUUGAUUUAAUUACCGAACCAACGGAUAAGCACAAUUUAUGCUCAAUGAUGAUUGCGCAGUGGGCUAUGUUUAUUUAUGAAGAUCUUGUACAUGCAGGUGUUACACUAAUUUUAAAAAUUUUAGGCAAUGAAGCAAAAGUACUGUCAUGUUGUGAACAGGGGCACAAACAUCCAGAAUGCUAUGCAAUUGAAAUAACCAAUAAUGACUCAUUUUAUCCAAAGUCAAUUAAGUGUUUGUCAUAUGUGCGAACAGCAACAUCUCCUCGGAAGCUUUGUUCAUUAGGCCCUCGGGAACAAGCAAACCAAGCGACAUCCUUUCUAGAUGCCAGUCAGAUAUAUGGUAGUAUUACUGAGCGGUCCAAAAAACUUCGAGCUUACAAAAAUGGUUUGAAUAACAUUUUGCUGCCAAAAACCAGUGAUCGUACGUGUGGCAACAUUAAUAAUCUUCAGCCAUGUUUCUUAGCGGGUGGUGAAUUAACAAAUUUGAUCCCAACACAUACUGCAAUUCAUACCCUUUGGUUACGUCAACAUAAUAAAAUAGCUAAGGAGCUAAAAGCAAUAAAUGCUCACUGGGACGAUGAAAGACUGUUUCAUGAAGCUCGAAGAAUUGUAAUUGCUCAGAUUCAGCACAUUACUUACAAUGAAUUUUUGCCUAUUAUUCUUAGCAAAAACAAAUUGAGACAGUAUGGCGUUAAACUGCAAAUUAAUGGCUAUGACAGUGAUUAUAAUUUGAAAACUGAUGCAUCUGUAUUAAACGAAUACGCAUCUGCUGUCGGCUUAUUUUUUUACUCGCUGUUCCCUGAUUUUUUAACACUUUAUGAAACAGAUGAAGGAAGCGGAAAAUCAAGAAAAUCGUGGAGUACUGUCUUUAAUGAUCCAGGAUUGCUGUAUCGCGACAAAUUGGAUAGUAUUCUAAGAUUUUUAUUGCGUGAAGCAAUUCGAAAACCUGGACUUCACAUGAAUAUGCCAUUUAAGAAUGAGUUUCUUCGUGGCACUGCCACCUUUGGUGUUGAUUUAGCUGCAAUGAUAAUACAGAUGGGUAGAGACCACGGGAUUCCAGGCUAUACUGCUUUCCGGAGAGCUUGUGGCCUUCCACCUGUAUCCAAUUUUACUGAUUUAGAAGGCGUAUUAAAUACAUUUGAUGUAGACAAGCUGUCCAAGUUGUACACUCAUAUCGAUGACGUAGAUUUAUUCGUACUUGGAAUGGCUGAGAAGCCAGAACUUGGGGCAUUAGUAGGACCUACAUUUGCAUGUAUCAUUGGUCGACAGUUCGAAAAAGCUCGUAGAGGUGAUCGAUUUUGGUAUGAAAAUUUCUUUGCACCAUCUGCAUUUUCUUUGGAGCAAUUAAAUGAAAUACGAAAAACCACAUUAGCACGAAUAGUUUGUGAUAAUGCUAAUGGUAUUCAAAAAGUCCAACAGAAUGUUUUCACACUUGCCGAUUUCUAUGGAAAUUGUCCAAUGAACUGCAGUUCAACAAUAAUUGACAGGAUUGAUCUGACACAAUGGACAGAUCAAGAGCCCAGAUUGAUCUUACCGAUCACGAAAGCUACGUUAGAAAAAGCCAUACGACUAGGAGCUGAGCAUGCGAAACGUUUAAAUGAUGCUGAAGCAGUGAGAAUCAAAAAGCAAGUUAAUAUAAACGCAAGCAGAAAUGCCGCAAUUUUCAUACAUUCUAAAUUAAUGGCACCACGACAAGAAUCUCUACAAAUAUCACAUCGUGCGGCUAUUCUUCGAGAAACGACAAAAGUUCUGUUGAAAGGGGAUGGCUUGAAUGAAGAUGAACGUUUACCAUUGGAGCUUGAUGUCGCAACACUGCAAAAAUUGCUUCCAGAAGUAGAUGUUUCACGUUUUGUUGGUAAUAUCUCAUAUUAUCUUGGAACAGAAAAGCCGUCGAAAGAAGAAUGUCUACCACAACCAUUGCCUUGUGAUCAUACCACCAAAUAUCGUACUUUUUCUGGAUGGUGUAAUAAUUUGAAAUUUCCUCAUUAUGGGAAUGCAUUUGCACCAAUGCGUCGUUUGCUGGAUCCAGUUUAUGAUGAUGGUUUCGAUAGUCCACGAACUCUUAGCCGGACAAAAAAGAAAUUACCAUCUGCUCGAGCAGUGUCAAAUGCGAUCCAUUCAGAGGCACCUGCAUUCCAUGUUAAAUAUACUCAUAUGCUCAUGCAAAUGGGUCAAAUAAUUGAUCAUGAUUUUGCUCAUUCGCCUGUGUCAAGAGGGUCUGGAAAUACGAUAAUUGACUGUAGCAGCUGUGAUUCAGCUAAAACUGUAUCCGUACACUGUUUUCCCAUUCCUAUUGAACGUGGUGACCCAUACUUUCCUCAUAUACAAAACAAUGGGGAACCGAAAUGUAUAUCAUUCACAAGAUCUCUCUUGGGACAGCUUACUCUUGGAUAUCGAAAUCAGUUGGAUCAAUUAACUUCUUUCAUCGACGCUUCUUUUAUUUAUGGCUCAACCGAAUGUGAAGCAAAUAAGCUGCGUUUAUUCAGUCAAGGCAAAUUAAAUUUUACUGACUUAGGGUUCAAUCGAGAAGCUUUACCUCAAGGACCACAAGAAAGAGAUUGCAGAUCGACACCGCAGCAUCCAUGUUUUGAAGCAGGUGAUGAGCGCAGUAAUGAACAACCUGGGCUCACUGUCAUGCAUACACUGUUUCUUCGAGAACAUAAUCGGAUUGCUUUAAGUUUAAGUCGUAUCAACAAUUUUUGGUCAGACGAGAAGAUUUACUUGGAAACGCGACGCAUAAUGGGCGCUAAAGUACAACAUAUUGUUUUCAAUGAAUGGCUCCCUGUUGUCUUGGGGUGUGAAACAGUUGCACGAUAUGAUUUAAUGCCACGAAAAACUGGAUAUUAUACAGGAUAUGAUGGUCGUUGCGAUGCAACAAUGACACAAGAAAUGGCCACAGCUGCAUUUCGGUUUGGACACACAUUGAUACGAAAUAUCUUACCACGGAUGAAUGCGGAAUAUCAAGAAAAAACAUCUGGUCUUGAUCUCAAAGCUUCGUUCAACAACGAAACAUUUUAUUAUACUCACGAAAGCGGGCAUAUUGAAUCUGUUCUCAUGGGUCUUCUCGGUUCACAGAGUAUGGACUUUGAUCGUCAUAUUAGCAAUGCCGUACGAAAUCACUUAUUCCAACAUCAAAAUGGCCCAUUCACUGGCAUGGAUCUUCCAGCACUCAAUAUCCAAAGAGCAAGAGAUCACGGCGUUCCUCCUUAUAAUUCAUAUCGAGAAAUGUGUGGAAUGCGUCGUGCAAGAAAUUUCGAUGAUUUAAAAGAUGUUAUGGAUGAAGGAACAAUUGUGGCACUUAAAAGUGUUUACGAUCACGUAGAUGAUAUUGACCUCUUUCCAGGAAUUAUGUCUGAAAAGCCACUAGUUGGAGCGUUAGUUGGACCAAUGCUUGCAUGCAUUAUUGCAGAACAGUUUCAACGUCUAAAACGUUGCGAUCGAUUUUAUUAUGAAAAUGAUAAUCCGACAACAAAAUUUACACCAGACCAAUUAGUGGAAAUUCGCAAAACCACAUUGAGCAAACUUAUUUGCUCUAAUAGCCAAUAUGCUAAUCAUAUUCAGCCCAACGCAUUUCUCAUGCCUGAUGAAUUAACGAAUGCUCCGAUGAAAUGCUCAGAAUUACCAGAUGUUGAUUUCUAUGAAUGGCUUGAUCGACAGUUUUGUGUUGUCGACCACCGAGUGAUUAAUUUAGGAAAGACAAAACGCAUAAGACCAUGUAUCACGUGUACAUGCACCUCUGAAGGACCGAAGUGCUACUCAAUGGUGAUUGAAAAUUGUGAAUCAUUAUUGACCGAAUAUCUAAUUUCGGAAGUGAUUGAUACAGUUUGUGUCAUACAGUGCUCAUCUCUAAUAAAUAAAAGAAACGAGCGGUCAUGA